UGUUUUCAUUGAGUCAUACGUUUUGCCAUUACUUUGGGUUUCAAUUGAAUCACAAUUGAAUAAUCAUUUAAUUAUUAUUCAAAUCAUUUGAAUUGAUAGUUAUUUUUAUAGUCAUUAUUACUAUUAGUGUAUCAAAUGGAUAAGCAUUUGAUGAAUGGUUUCAAUGACAUGAAGAGUGAGAAGUCCAACGAUAACCACAUUUUAGACAACUUCUCGCACGUUAUCAUUGAAUACCAUUUGAUGAGAGAAUUUAUAUUAUACCGCAACCAACACAUGUCUCACGUAUAUGUCGUUCCCUCCCAUUCCUCACCAUUUCUAUGGUUUGGAGUGAUGUUUGUCCACAAAGGCCUCUAUCGGGGGAUUGUAUUGCGGUUCACAGUAGUCAUCCCUAACACAUACCCUAACUGUGAAAUACCGAAGCUGAUCUUCGAUGCCAUCCCUUUCCAUCCACUCGUCAAUCCAAAUACGGGUGAACUCAACACAAGUGUGGCAUUCAAUGAGUGGAAGUCAUCGGUGAACAAGAUUUGGCAAAUCAUUGAUUACUCGCAGCGAGUCUUUCAAUGCUUUGAUUUCAGCGAUUGUCUCCAAAACGAGUCGUUAGUCUCAAGCGAUAUGUUGAACACAAAAGCCAUUGAUUUGUAUAAACAAGACUUCGAGGCCUUUCAGAGGAAAGUGACGCAAACUAUACGCGAAUGCCAUCAGAAGAUCAAUGAAUGUAAUAACGAUGACUCGAAUGCCAUUGUUUUCGGCUCUUUUGAUGCCGACAUUCAUCAGGAGUUGCGAAACAAACUGCUGUCUGGGGUUAAUGUGAUUGAAGAGAGACAGUUGGCUGACCCGACACACCCGUCCGUCACUGGCCUGUCAUGGGUUCAGAGCGGGUCCACUCAAAUGUUCUCGAAAUCUGGCGCUUAAUUGCUUGCCAUAGCAAUGGAUGGAAAACAAUGAGAUUUUCAAUUAUUUAUACAUUAUAUGAGACAAUAUUGCAAUAUAUUUCAAUUAUUGACUGUUUUUAUGCAAAG